AUGGCAUCUGGUACAUCCGGUGAUAAUGAUGAUAAAAAAAAAUCUUCAUUCGGUGGUGUUCGAUCUGGUUUUCAUGGAAAAAAUGGUACAGAUGAAGCACCAUUAGAUAGAACUUAUUAUAAUAUACUUAAUGUAUCACCAACAGCGACUGCAUCCGAAAUAAAAAAAGCUUAUUAUUCACUUUCAUUACAAUAUCAUCCUGAUCGAACACAAAAUCUCAAUGAAAUAACACGACGUGAAUAUGCUGAAAGAUUUAAACUUAUUUCACAAGCUUAUAGUAUUCUCAGUGAUCCAGAAAAAAGAAAACUUUAUAAUAGAUAUGGUAAAGAUGAACGUCUUAUAGCAAAUGGUUCAGCUGGUAUAUCGUUAGAAGAUUUUGAUGCUGAAGAAUUCUUUCGUUUAAUGUUUGGUGGUGAACAAUUUAUAAAAAUAAUUGGUGAUUUUGAAUUAGCUAAAUCAUUUAAACAUGCUAUUUCGGAAAUAAUCAAAGAUGCUGAAAAUAAAGGUACAGAAGAAACACGUGAACAAAAAGACGAAAAAAUGCGUAAACGUUUGGCAUAUGCUGAAGAACGUACACAAGCACGUGAAGAACGUAUUAAACAAUUAUCAAUAAAUCUUACAUAUAAAUUAUCUGUUUUUACAGAAUCAAUUCCAACACAUCAUAAUGAUUUACAAUAUAAUCAAACAUUAAAUAAUUUUAUUGAAAUAACACGUUUAGACAUUCCAAAUUUACUUAGUGCACCAUAUGGUGAACAUUUAUUACAUACUAUUGGUUAUAUAUACGUAUCAAAAGCAAAAUUAUGGUUAAAUAAAUUAGAUUCACAAGAAGGUCAUCUUGGUAAACGUAUGUUAGGAUUUGGUAAACAUGUACAAUCAUCAUGGAAAGAACGUGUACAUGUUGUUAAAGAAACAGUUAAAACAGUUAAAUGUGCUGUUGAAUGGGGACAAUCAAUGUCAAAAUUAGCACAAAUAGCUGAUGAAGAAGCAGCAGCAAAUUUAGAACAAGGAAAAGAUCCUCAAUAUCCAUUUCAACAUCAUUCAGGACAUUUAGAUUAUGAGGGAUAUGUACCAUCAGAAUCAACAGCAUCAGCUACACCACCACCACCACCACCACCGCCACCAUCACAACCAUCUUCUCAUACAAAUCGAGCAACAUCUUCUCCAGUUAAACAUAAUCGUCAUGGUAAAUCAUCAUCGACAUCACAACCUUCACAAUUAACUGAAGAAGAAAAACGUAAACUUGAAGCUGAUACAGCUGCUAAAUCUAUGGAAGCGCUUUGGCGUGCAACAAAACUUGAAGUUGAAAGUAUUGAACGAGAUGUUUGUGAUCGAGUAUUAAAUGAUUCAUUAUGUUCACGUGAAACUCGACGACAUCGAUGUAUAGCUCUAUUAAAAAUGGGUGAAUUAUGGCAAGACGCACAUGAUAAUCCAGCAGCAUCAUCAUCUUCUAGUUCAUUAUAG